AUGGACGUGGACAUGGACGUGGACAUGGACGUGGACAUGGACGUGGACAUGGACGUGGACAUGGACGUGGACAUGGACGUGGACAUGGACGUGGACAUGGACGUGGACAUGGACGUGGACAUGGACGUGGACAUGGACGUGGACGUGGACGUGGACAUGGACGUGGACGUGGACGUGGACAUGGACGUAGACAUGGACGUGGACAUGGACGUGGACGUGGACGUGGACAUGGACGUGGACGUGGACGUGGACAUGGAAAUGGACGUGGACAUGGACGUGGACAUGGACGUGGACAUGGACAUGGAUAUGGACGUGGACGUGGACGUGGACGUGGACGUGGACGUGGACGUGGACGUAGACGUGGACGUGGACAUGGACGUGGACGUAGACGUGGACGUGGACGUGGACAUGGACGUGGACGUGAUCGUGGACGUGGACGUGGACAUGGACGUGGACGUGGACGUGGACAUGGACGUGGACAUGGACAUGGACGUGGACAUGGACGUGGACAUGGACGUGGACAUGGAUAUGGACGUGGACAUGGACGUGGACAUGGACGUGGACAUGGACGUGGACAUGGACAUGGACGUGGACAUGGACGUGGACGUGAACGUGGAGGUGGACAUAGAGGUGGUCGUGGUCGUGGAUGUGGACAUGGUCGUGGACGUGGACAUGGCCGUGGACAUGGUCGUGGACGUGGACAUGGAUGUGGACAUGGUCGUGGACAUGGACGUGGACGUGGACGUGAACGUGGACAUGGACGUGGACAUGGACGUGGACAUGGACGUGGACGUUGACAUGGACGUGGACAUGGACGUGGACGUGGACAUGGACGUCGACAUGGACGUGGACGUGGACGUGGACAUGGACGUGGACAUGGACGUAGACAUGGACGUGGACAUGGACGUGGACAUGGACGUGGACAUGGACGUGGACAUGGACGUUGACAUGGACGUGGACGUGGACGUGGACGUGGACAUGGACGUGGAUAUGGACGUGGACAUGGACGUGGACAUGGACGUGGACAUGGACGUGGACAUGGACGUGGACAUGGACGUGGACAUGGACGUGGACAUGGACGUGGACAUGGACGUGGACAUGGACGUGGACAUGGACGUGGACAUGGACGUGGACGUGGACGUGGAUGUGGACGUGGACGUCGACAUGGACGGACGCGGACAUGGACACGUGGACAUAGAUGUGGUCGUGGUCGUGGACGUGGACAUGGUCGUGGACGUGGACAUGGACAUGGUCGUGGUCGUGGACGUGGACAUGGACGUGGUCGUGGUCGUGGACAUGGACGUGGACGUGGACGUGAACGUGGACAUGGACGUGGACAUGGACGUGGACAUGGACGUGGACAUGGACGUGGACAUGGACGUGGACGUGGACGUGGACGUCGACAUGGAUAUGGACGUGGACAUGGAAGUGGACAUGGACAUGGACAUGGACAUGGACGUGGACAUGGACGUGGACAUGGACGUGGACAUGGACGUGGACAUGGACGUGGACGUGGACGUGGACGUGGACAUGGACGUGGACGUGGACAUGGACGUGGACAUGGACGUGGACAUGGACGUGGACGUGGACGUGGACGUGGACAUGGACAUGGACGUGGACAUCGACGUGGGCAUGGACGUGGACAUGGACAUGGACGUGGACAUGGACGUGGACAUGGACGUGGAUAUAGAGGUGGUCGUGGUCGUGGACGUGGACAUGGUCGUGGACGUGGACAUGGACGUGGACAUGGUCGUGGACAUGGACUUGGACGUGAACGUGGACAUGGACGUGGAUAUGGACGUAGACAUGGACGUGGACAUGGACUUGGACAUGGACGUGGACAUGGACGUGGACAUGGACGUGGACAUGGACGUUGACAUGGACGUGGACGUGGACGUGGACGUGGACAUGGACGUGGACGUGGACGUGGACAUGGACGUGGACAUGGACGUGGACAUGGACGUGGACAUGGACGUGGACAUGGACGUGGACAUGGACGUGGACAUGGACGUGGACAUGGACGUGGACAUGGACGUGGACGUGGACGUGGACGUGGACGUCGACGUGGACGUGGACGUGAAUGGACGUGGACACAUGGACGUGGACAUGGACGUGGACGUGGACGUGGACAUGGACGUGGACGUGGACGUGGACAUGGAAAUGGACGUGGACAUGGACGUGGACAUGGACGUGGACAUGGACAUGGAUAUGGACGUGGACGUGGACGUGGACGUGGACGUGGACGUACACGUGGACGUGGACAUGGACGUGGACAUGGACGUGGACGUGGACGUGGACGUGGACAUGGACGUGGACGUGGACAUGGACGUGGACAUGGACAUGGACGUGGACAUGGACGUGGACAUGGACGUGGACAUGGAUAUGGACGUGGACAUGGACGUGGACAUGGACGUGGACAUGGACGUGGACAUGGACAUGGACGUGGACAUGGACGUGGACGUGGACGUGGACGUGGACAUAGAGGUGGUCGUGGUCGUGGAUGUGGACAUGGUCGUGGACGUGGACAUGGCCGUGGACAUCGUCGUGGACGUGGACAUGGAUGUGGACAUGGUCGUGGACAUGGACGUGGACGUGGACGUGAACGUGGACAUGGACGUGGACAUGGACGUGGACAUGCACGUGGACGUGGACAUGGACGUGGACAUGGACACAUGGACGUGGACAUGGACGUGGACAUGGACGUGGACAUGGACGUGGACAUGGACGUUGACAUGGACGUAG